UGUUUCUAGAACACUAAAAGGAACAACAGGGGAGGAAAAAAGUAGGACAAAAUGCAUUUCCUAAAGUAAACUUGUCUUGAAAAUUACGUUCGUGCUUUUAUACUGAAAGGAAGCUUCCUGUGCCAUCUUGCCGCUUCAAUCAAUGGAGGCUUGACGGACCCGCGGCAUCGGAUGGCUGCGCUGCCGUCUUUAGUCAGUCAGUCGGUACCGAGUCGACCUGCUUUCUUCGCCGCUUGACACCACAGACCACCGGACCGGGGAGGCGACGGAACCGGCUCCGGUAUGAAGCGUCCCCUCAGCCAAUCAUCCCCGCCAGGCGCCGAGCCGGCUGCGUCGGAGGCCGGCGACACGGACAGCGAGCACUGUCGCCAGGCCGCAGUGGCAAAGAGGUCGUCGGCGGGGGGCGCCUUGCUCCCCUCUUCGCCGUCGCGCAGGCCCAAACGGGAGCGCAGGCAGCGCAGCUACACGCUGUGCGGCGUCUGCAACAUCCAGCUGAACUCGGCGGCGCAGGCGCAGAUCCACUACAACGGCAAGUCUCACCAGAGGAGGCUCAGGCAGAUCAGCCAUGGCGGCAGGAAGACCACGAGCAGCACAGGUACAUCGGGACAGGCGGGGCCUCUCCUCGCCUCGCUGCCCAUAGGGGGCCGGCAGCUGCAACCUCAGCUGGACCUUAAACACCUCCUGCCCUUCCGACUCAACGGCUCCUCCCCUCUCAGCCUCUUCCCCAACUUCAGCACGAUGGACCCUGUCCAGAAGGCAGUGAUCAACCACACUUUUGGCGUCCCUCAGCCCCUCAAGAAGAAGCAGAUUAUCUCCUGCAACAUUUGCCACUUGCGCUUUAACUCCACGAACCAGGCAGAGGCGCACUAUAAGGGCCACAAGCACGCGCGCAAGCUCAAAGCCAUCGAGGCCCAGAAGAACAGGCAAAGACGAGGCGGGGAGGCUUCAUCCGGCGGGAGGGAGAGAAACAGAAACAGAGAGCGCAACAGGACCAAGACAACUGAGAUUGCACUGCCCGUCGUUGUGGACUCAAGCUUAGAGGAAGGAACAAGUCUUCAGUCGGAUCACGACGCCGCCACCUCGGACGUGAAGACGGCGGACAGUCCCAGGAGCUCGGCCAUGCUGACGCCGGUGUCGGACGUCUCCGGGACCGAGCUGGUCACCUUCUCCCCUCCUCAGAUCUCAGAGACGGCCUCCGACACCAGCGGCCUCGAGGCGCCGUAUGCCGUCGAGUCGGGCAACCAGCCCAACGCGUCCGGCGCCAGCGGGGAGGCGCAAACGGACGAGGACGGCAAGAAAAGCAAAGCUCACCUCCACUGUCCCGUCUGCAAGGUGACGGUUAACUCCACCAACCAGAUGGAAGCACAUAACAGUGGUACUAAGCACAAGCUGAUGCUGGAUGGUCAAAGCGUCAUGCCGCGGCGCCGCAGCAAGACGGGAGGCGGUCGGGGCAGCUGCAAGAGCAGGAGGCUGGGCAGCAAAGGCAGCGUGGGCGUGUCCAGCAAGAACUUCCAGUGUGAAGUGUGCGACAUCUUUGUCAACUCUGAGUCACAACUGAGCCAGCACAUGAAUAGCAGACGGCACAAGGACAGGUUGGCGGGAAAACCCCCCAAGCCAAAGUUCACCCCCCACAGCAAGAGCCAGCACAGCUCCAGCAUAGCGAGCAUGAGAUGGAGUGGCUGUGCAGGCGUGGCCGUGUCGGCCAUGAGGAAAGCCUUCAGCCACUACAGCCUCACCUCCAUCUCCUCGCAGACCAAACUGGCCUUGCACAAGCAGCUGACCAAGACCUUGACCACGGGCUUCCUGCCCGGCCCCCUCACGCCGCCGACCCUGUGCACGAUGGCCGCUAACCCGCUGGCGCUGCGCCACCCAAUGGGCGCCGCCGCCUUCAUACAGACACCCUUCCUGGGGCCCGCACUGUUCCGGCCCGCGCCGGGGCCUCUGCGGGCCGCGCACGCACCAUUCAUCUUCUCCCCCUACUAAACCCAUGUGACCACCCUCCCACCCUCCCUCACCCCCCAUCACUCUCCCCUUCUUACCGAGCCCACCCCCUCCUGACAAAGGUCACACUCAAAACUAUGCAGUCUGCCUGACUUGAGACGGACAGCGCCCCCCACCUGUCACGCCUUCUUCCUGCUGCGGCGGUCGCCAGCGAGGGAGCAGGCCGCGCCUCCAAGGGCCGCAUUUAUAGCCAUUCAUCGGGGGCCGCGGGGGGUUACAUGCUCGGGAUCGUACGUUUAGUCUCGCUGGACGUUUCGUGCUGUUGACACAAGUCAAGCUCCCUUUACUUGAUGCCCUUUUCAAGCCUUUUCAACAUUUUCCUGUCGUGUCCAUUCUGCCCCAGUCUACCUUUAACACACAAACACUGACACACAACCACACACAGGGAAACACAACAACACACAAGGAAACACAACAACACACAAGGACACAUUUCCUCACUUCUGGGUGAAAGGCGGGUGCUCGUUCACAACGGUGUGUCCUAAAAGGAAGCUGCGCCUGUCAGUCAUCACCCAGGGCUCUGGUUGAUCGUCAAUAAUCAUUCAUGUGUUUCAUGUUGGAUUUAUGGGAGCCUGUUUCCACCACUAAAACUAAAAUACUCCAAUGGAAAGUCAGAAUUAUGAGAUAAAAAGUCAUAAUCAUGAGAUAAAAAGUCCAAAUUAAAUGUAAUAAACUCGACAGUAGGAUAUAAAAAGUACUAAUUAGAAGAUAAAAAGUCAUUAUUAUGAGAGAAAAGUCGAAAAUGAUGAUUAAAAAAGUUGAAAUUAUGAAAUAAAAAGUCAUAAUUAAGAGAUCCAUCCAUCCAUUCAUCUUAUUCCGCUUAUUCGGAGUCAGGUCGUGGGGGCAGCAGCCUAAGCAGAGAAGCCCAGACUUCCCUCUCCCCAGCUACUUGGUUCAGCCCCACCCGGGGGAUCCAGAGGAAUUAAGAGAUGAAAGUCGAAUAUAUGAGAUAAAAAAACGAAAUUAUGUAAUAACAAAAGUCGAAAUUAUAAUAAGAAAGUCAUAGUUAUGAGAUAAAAGUAAUUAUCAUGAGAUAAAAUGUUUAAAUUAUGGGAUAAAAAGUCCAAAAAAAAUGUAUUACCAAAAGUCGAAAUUAUAAUAAGAAAGUCAUAGUUAUGAGAUAAAAGUAAUUAUCAUGAGAUAAAAAGUCAAAAUUAUGAGAUGAGAAAGUCAUAAUUAAGAAAUAGAACAUCAUAAUUAUGAGAUAAAAGUCAUUAUGAGAUAAAGAGUCAACAUUAUGAGGUAGUCAUAAUUAUGAGAUAAAAAGUAAACAUUUUGAAAUUAUAAAGUCAUAAUUAAGAGAUAGAACGUCAUAAUUAUGAGAUAAGAAAGUCAUUAUCAUGAUGUAAAGAGUCAAAAUUAUGUAUUAACAAAAAUCGAGAUUAUAAAAUUUAAAAAAGUCAUAAUUAUGAGAUAAAAAGUCAAAAUUAUGAAAUUAGAAAGUCAGAAUUAAGAGAUAGAACGUAAAAAUUAUGAUAUAAUAAGUUAAAAUUAUGUAUUGACAAAAGUCGAGAUUAUAAGAUUUUUAAAAAGUCAUAAUUAUGAGAUAAAAAUUCAUAAUUACCAGAUGAAAGUCAUCAUGAGGUAAAAAGUUUAAAUUAUGAGAUAAAGUCAUAAUUAUGAGAUAAAAAGUUUAAAUUAUAAGAUUUAAAAAAUUCAUAAUUAUGAAAUAAAAUUAAUUAUCAUGAUAAAAAAAAGUCGAAAUUAUGAGAUAAGAAAGUAUAAAAUAUGAGAUAAAAAGUCAAAAUUAUGAGAUAAAAUUCAUUAACAUGAUAUAAAAAGUUGAAAUUACGAGAUAAGAAAGUUUAAAUUAUGAGAUAGAAAGUCAAAAUUAUGAGAUAAGAAAGUUUAAAUAAUGAGAUAAAAAGUCAUGAUUAUGAGAUAAAAAGUCUAAAUUAUGAGAUAAGAAAUUUAAAUUAUGAGAUAAAAAAUCAUAAUUAUGAGACAAAAAGUCAAAAUGAUGAGAUAAAGUCAUAAUUAUGAGAUGAGAAAGUCAUGAUUAUGAUAUAGAACGUCAAAAUGAUCAGAUAUAGAUUGCAUAACUGUACUGCACUCUCAUGAUUUGAACUUUUUAUCUCACAAAUAUAAUUCAUUAUUUGGAUAUUUUCUUUUUUUAGUGGCAAAAAGGGGCUUUUAAAAAUGUGCUUGUAUUUGAUGAGAAUAAGUGAAAAGUAAAAGCUGCGUGUGGUCCUGGGAAACAAUGUUUGGGUCCAGGUGGUGGGAGGAGCCUAAUCGCUGCUUGACUGACAGCUGGAUGCGUGGCAGAGAACAAAUCACAGCGCCAUGGCGACCACAUUUUUUGUUUAAAGAGCACCCCUGACAUCGCUCAGAAAAAGCCAUAUUUCUUGUUUUUGUGCGAGUUUUAUGAACGCAACGAAACGAUUCCAUGACAUUUAAAGCAAUACACACACACCUGAGGCCUCACCUCGCAUCACUCACAACCUCUUAGUUUAGGCUCCGCCUCUUGUCCUCGGUGUCAAACCAGACUGUUAGUAAGAACUUCACCAAAAAAAAAAAAACUCUUCAAAG